AUGCCCAGGAGAAAGAGACAAGAAACAGAGGACAAGGAGGAGCCCAAGAGGAGAUCGGCUCGGUUAUCAGCGAAGCCGGCCACAUCUAAGGUGGAACCAAAGGUUAAGAAGGCAGCAAAGAAAGAGAAGGCUGUGAAUGACAAGAAGGAGGACAAAAAGACCAAGAAGACAAAGGAGAACGCUGAGGCAGAGGCCAAUGAGGAAAACCACUCUGAGAAUGGCGAGGCCAAGACCAACGAGGUGGAGGACGCCCCCGAAGAGGCCAAGGAGGAGGCUAAGUCAGAGUAG